GAGGAGUCAUAUCCAUUCAAAAUGGCAACACAGUUUGUUUCGUCGUAUCUCCUAUUGCUGAGUAUAAUAAUUUCUGCUAGCUGCUUCACCAUGAAGGAUUUAGGAACAAAAGGGAAUAAUGAAGCUUUCUAUACGUGUUUAGCAUGCGCAGACGAUCCUUCUAAAUGGGAUGGAUUCUAUGCUUGUAUGGGCUUACUACCCAAAGAGGAACAAGAAAAGUUAUCUAAGUGUAUUGAUGACAGCUUUCCUAACAAUAAGCCCGGACCAGAAAGAUGGGCAGUCAUUUGUAAAACACCAGAAUUCAUAACGAAGGUGCUUAAAUGCUGGGCUGAUACUGAAAUUGCUGAAGAGUACAGGAAGAAUUAUAAAGAUUACAUCGCGUGCAUGGCUGAAGUGGAGGAUAAAAAUUGCGCUGGUGUUUAAGAAGAAACAUCUAUAGCUGAUAAAAAUUUGGACGCUGAGAAAAAGUGGUUUUAAAUUACCUAACAUAUAUGUAAUAAUUAUUUUCAUUUUGCAUUCAAUAAAAUGUGU